GCAAGAAUGCGCGGUCACGGCGGAGGAAAACACACAAUGUACACGAAGGCGGCUUGAAUAUAUUGACCAGUGGAUGUUUUACACGCACCAGUCGCUGUUUUUGGGAGGACGAACAUUUACAUGCAAGGUCAACAGCUAACAGCUGACCUUCAACCCUUUCAGCCCAAAGCCAGAGAUCAUCACUUGUGGAGAUGCGGCCAAUGUUGAUUGCUUAUUAAAGUUGGUAUGAAAGUAUCUAACCAACAAGAACACACUUUGAACACUGGGAUCGUCCACUUAAUGUAUUGCAAUGCGCUCACAACAAAGUUUCAUGGCAUUUAUGAACAAGGACAAGGCUUUACCUAGGAAAGACAAUGAUCGCUUGUGUUGCACAAAAUGCAGAUUUUCAACAAAGGACAUUGACGUGUUUGGGAGGCAUGUGACUCAUCAUGAAGAGGUGACAUUCUCAUGUGCGCUCUGCAGCCACGUCUCCUAUUCUAAAACAGAGUCUCAGAAGCACGUCGUCACACAUACUGGCUCGUACCCUUACAGGUGUAGAUUCUGCUCCUAUGGAGCUGUGCGGAGAGACUACAUGGUGAAGCACAUUCAGCGUGUACACAAGAGUCACGCAGAAGAAGGCUUCUUAAUGGAUUUUGCCUUAACCAAUCCGACCUGUGAACAACCCCCUGUCUCUGACACACACAGGGGAUCUGUUUGGCCUGAGAGAAAUGAGCAAUGUGUGAUUCCCAACACAGCUGGUCAAUCGAAAGCAAAUGCGCAUGUCGAGUACUCUAGUGGAAGUCAACCCAGUGGCAGUAUAUCAUCUGUCAUUGGAAAAUCAGUGAGCCAAACCAGAAAGAAACAGGCCCGUAUGACCUGUAGUACGUCAAUGCAGUGCGUCACCAACACGACACCUUUCAUUCCUGUUGCUAAGCCACAGUUCACAGGUUCUGUUCCUAGUAUAAGUAACUCGGUCAGCAACUCUUUGCAAGUGCUUCUAAAAUCACGAGAGGAAAAUGGCAAUGUAUCAAAUGCUGUGCUCAGUGGAGAUGGUCAAAAUAGAAAAGCAAUAGCAGAAAAGCCCAUUCAGAAAGCUGCAUUCCCAAGAAUCCACACCAGUGGGACAGAUUCACUUGUCCAAGGUCAAAAGCUAAUCCAAUCAAAGGUUGUUCCCAGAAUCCAGGUGACAUUACCUGCUGAAGUUAACACCCCUCUCAGACCGCAUCUUAAUGCACCAGUAGGAGCAUUAUCCCAGAGGAACGUUCCCAUCCACAAUAUUCAAACUGAUCAGAGGGCCAGUCAGUCCACAACUGGGACAAACAUUCAGACGGCACAGAAAAGGAGUUUGACUGCAGGACGUCCCAACGGUCCAAACAAACCUUCUGAAAGAGGUCCAUUGCCCUCUAUACAGAAGGCACAAACAGCAGAAAAUGGCAAUCAGCCCAAAGUAGGAUUGUCAGCUGAGAAGUCAAGUCAUCUAUCCAAUGUACAAGUGGAACUGUUAGCACCUUUAAACCAGCCCAUUCAACACAACAAGCCCUUGACUGUAUCCUGCCCGGAGGAGAUCAAUAUUCCUGCAGGCUGUUUGGUUGAAUUGGUUGAAGUGAAAAAUGUCAACGGGACUCGAGAGCUGGAACUACGGAUGAUCCCACCCAACGGACUUCCACAAGACCCGAGGAGCACUGUGAACGGACCUUCGCCAGUUGCUACCACAGCCAAGCUUUCAUUCAAAUGUCAAGUUGCAGCUGCCAAGGGGUGUACAGUCAGUCCAUCAAAGUCUUUAACAUCUCAGAAGGCAAAACAGCAGCCACAUUUAGCAUACACUGCUACUCAGAGCACCACAAAAACAGUUCAUCCUCUAUACAAACCUCAGUGUUCUUCAGGAACAGCAGCCCAAAGCCUGAACAAGCAGAACCUGAAACCCAACGGUACGAUAUUCAAACCCUCAGUUGCACUUCAUGACAUUGUCAGGCUUGAGGGUAAAGAAUUGAGUUCUGGAGGCCUUCCAGUGAUUUCUUCGGUGUAUUCUCUCUGUCCUACACCUGCAUCAUCUCAAAGUAUCUCUCCAUCCAUGCCUGAACAUCUCAGCAGGACCUUACAAACAAAUGGACCUGUAAUCAAGCUACAAGGAGAGUUCAAAAUGCUUUCAGAUCCUGAAUGUGUACUGAUAGGAACCAAAAAUUCCAAGGAUUACACGAAGACAAAAGAGCAGUCAGUUGUCUGUAGUUUUAUGAUUAAAAAUGAGGAGGAAACUGAGGAGAAAUUCAAAGUGGACAUGUUGGGGCUCAAAGAAAUGAAGACAGAUCGUAAGCAUAUUGAAGAAGCCGUGAUAUUUCAGACUCGUAGUGAAGAGAAUCUUGUGCUUGGAAAAGCAGGGGUCACAUUUGAGAAACGUUCCCCUCCAAAACUAAAUGAUUUGAAAGAAACAAAUGUUUGGCAAGAAAGUCCAAAAAUUACGAGUCCUUUGACAGUUGCUCAACCAUCGGUUAUCCCAAAGCAGGGCAAGGACAAAAUUUCAGAUCAGGACUUGGGAAAUGCUGAAUCUGGGAGCGAUUUUAAUGGCCAACAAUGUUCCCAAAGUCCCCAAACUUCCCCCAGGUAUCCUAAAGUAUCUUUGGUGAGGAUUCCCAAUUCACUGUUCCCAAUUCCCAAACCCACCAAGAACCCAGAGGUAGCGACACAGGAGCGGAGUUUGACGGCACGACCUGUUCUCUGCUGCAUGCGAAUCGAGAGGAAUGUGUCUAGUGGUCCAGAAGGAGCUAUUAAGCUGAUAUUAAAGAGAGACCUCCCUGAAAGUGAAGAGAAGAACCAAGACCAUGAUGCACCUCCACGUAAGAAACAUAAAAAGGGAAAACGAAAAAAAAAAAAGCACAAGUCAUCAUGGGGUGUGAUGGGCUGCCAUUAUUUCUUGACUAAAGGUCAUGGACAACUGAGGUUAACUCCUCUGAAAGAAGAUCAGCGUGUCAAGCGUCCUGGUCCAAACCAACCUGUUGUGGUUCUGAAUCAUCCAAAUCCUUCAGUUAAAAUGGUCAAUGUUGGUGUCCGAUCCCUGAAGAACUAUAAGUUGAUACACUCGGCUCCUCACACGCAGGAACAAAUGGAAGAACCAGCCAGCAAACAGCCGUCAUUCAAGAUGAAACUGAGGAAAGUUCAGGGACAGAAGUAUCAAGUCAUUGAGUUUGUUCUGAGAGGGGUCACCGAAAAACUGCUCAUGUGAACAUUUCUAGAAUUC